UAAUGGUUAUUGGUUUUCUUUUUGCAUGUGCACCUGGAUUUGAUCUGGACCUACAUUUUUUUCCCUCUGGAAGUGAAAAAUUGAAUACAGCAGCAAACUUUCUUAGUCUUGAGGAAAUUUGUUCCAUCUACAUCAUGGGAAGGUCUUUGUUUCUGUAUGUAUUUUUAUUCUACUGGCAUUUCCUAAAUGCUUUAUUCACUGUUGAAGCUCCUCAGUCACUCUGCAUUGUGGAACGUGGGAACAAUGUAACCAUGGAAUGCACAUUUCCAGUGAAUGGGAAAUUAGAGUUUAGAGAUUUAAGUGUCAGCUGGGAAAAGAAAGAUGAGUUGAAGCAGGUUUAUGUACUUCACAAAGGAGAGGAAGACUUCAAAAGUCAGCACAUUGACUUUAGGGGAAGAAUAAAAUUGUUGAAAGAGAAUCUGAACUUGGGACAGUCUCUCCUUCAGAUCACUGAUGUGAAGCUCAGAGAUGCAGGAGUUUACCGCUGUGUUAUUGCCUAUGGGGGAGCUGACUACAAGACAAUCCAUCUGAAAGUUAAAGCUCCUUACAGAAUUAUAAACCAAGGAAUGGUGAGCACAGGACGCAAUGAAUGGAAGCUGACAUGCCAGUCAGAAGGAUAUCCAAAAGCUGAAGUGAUAUGGCAGAAUAGAAACUACGAAGAUUUGACUGAUAAGGCAAACACAAGGUUUGAAACUGCAAGUGACCAGUUGUACCGUGUGACAAGUACCCUUACAAUCAAAAGUGGAAUUGAUGAGAUUUUUUACUGUAUAUUCUGGAAUAAAGAGCUGCAAGAAAAUACAACUGCCAUUCUACAAAUAGCAGAUUCAACGGAUGGCAUUCUCCAGACUGAGAGCAGACGCUUUGUUGGAGCAACUCUCAUUGCUACUGCUUUCGUUGGAUCAGUGCUUGUAUUUCUGCUCUGCAUAAGAAAAGCUAGAGCAAAUAAGGGCAACAGAACAUCUGUGGCGAGUCCAUCAACAGCAAAGCUGUCAAAAGAUAAGGAUACACAUGACUACGGAGAUGCUUCUUCUGAAGAUAGAGAGCUGAAAUAUAUGCAUAUUGAGAAGACCUAGAGAGACCAGGGGAAGACUUUUUCCCUCUAUUGUGAAGAUUUGACAGCUCAGAUGUUCUGUGUUCAAUCUAUUGAAGGGGAUAUUAAUUUUUGGUAUUUAUUUUGCGAUGGCAAUCUUCUAUAUUGUUGUAAUAUAGGAAAAAAUGUAAUGAAGUUAAAAUAAUUAUUAUAGAAUAAAAAAUUAUUGAAUGCAAGAGUCCA